AUGGAGGAAGAAGAAGAAAUAUGUAGAGUGUGUCGUUCAGAAAGCACUUCUGAGCAACCUUUAUUUCAUCCUUGUAAAUGUGCUGGAAGUAUAAAAUAUGUUCAUCAAGAAUGUCUAAUAGAAUGGCUAUCUCACAGCCGGAAAAAAUACUGUGAAUUAUGCGGACACCCUUUUACGUUUACACCAGUUUAUAGUCAAGAUAUGCCAGAAGUUUUACCUGCUAGAUUAUUUCUAAAGCAAUUACAAAAAAAGACAUUGUUUGUGAUUUCAAAAACUUUAAGAGCUAUUCUUGUAUCUAGUAUUUGGUUAGUUUUAUUACCUUAUUUUACUAUUUGGAUAUGGAGAUUAUACUUUUUCUUGGGCAGUCACUUUGGAAAACAUUUUAUCAAGUUGCAAAAUAUGAGAUAUCAGUUUGCACAAGCAAAGAAUAUAUCAGUUAUAUUAGAUUCAUAUAAUUAUAGUAAUGAAACUAUAACUGCCAAUUGGCUUCAAACCUAUAAUAAUCGUUUUACUUUACGAACAUUUUUAUCAGAUUGUUUUGAAGGUCAAAUUAUAACUUGUAUUGUAGUUGUUAUUUUUGUUGCUAUUUUUUUAUUAAGAGAAUGGAUUGUACAGAAUAUUCCAAUGGAUCCGCCACCUGUUGAAGAUGAUAAUAAUUUUAUUUUAGAUCAGCCAGCAGAGAGAAUGAUUCAAGAUGAACAAGUCUUUGGAAAUAAUAAUGAUCAAAGAAGAAUAGAAGGAUUAUUGAAUGGAUCUUGGGAACAGGAGGAAAGAAAUGAGAUUGAGAAUGAUUUACCUUCUUCUCCAAUCGCUCUAAAUGACAGAAUUUGGUUUGGUGAAGCAGGAACAAGUUCGUCAGAUUCGAUCAUGCAUUCCAAUCAUAUUGAAUCAUCAAGACCUCCUCGUGCAGCAUCAAUGCCUCCUUCACUUUCUAUACCUACUUCUUUUGAUGAUGAUGAAACUUCUGAAAAUAACCUGAUAUCUCAGUUAAAUAGAGAACAAAUCAAUUUUCAAAAAUCGAUGAGUAUGGAACUUUUUGUUGAUAAUAGACUUACUACUGGUCAUAUGCCUAGCUAUCAAAAUCAAAUCUUGGAACAAAAUCAUGCUUUGAUUCCUGCCAUAGCUACUACGCAUCGUGGUUAUCCUCCUAAUGCUCCGAGAAUACGACACGCUGAAGCUCCUACCUCAAGUCAUCAGCCUAUUCUAGAAGAAGAAGAAAAUGAACAGGAAAAUAGGCCUUUUGUCCAGGCCCCAAUUCAACCUAUUGAUAAUCAUAAUGUGAAUGAAGGCGACAAUAAUGAUGAUAAUGAAGAAGAAGAAGAAGAAGAUGAUGAUGAUGAUGAUGAAAAUAUUGAAGAAUUUGAAGGUAUACUCGAAGCAAUUGGUAUGCAAGGUAGUUUAUGGUCUUUAGCGCAAAACUGUGCUUUGAUAGCAGUAUUGAUUGCUUUAUGUCUUGCUGUUACUGUAUGGAUGCCAUACGUCAUUGGUAUGAUAUUCAUUAUGACAGAUACAUUGGAGUUUAUUCGUUUACCAUUAAAAGUGGUUCGUUGGGCUACAGAUCCAUUAGUAGAUUAUUUAAUUAUGAUAUGUUCCAAUUAUGUCAAACCAUGGCUCAUACAUACUAUUUAUCAAAAUCAUUUGCAACCCAUCUCUGUGACUAUUUCUUCUUUACCUAUCUACAACAAAAUAAUAGACUCAUUUAUGUACAUUUAUACGUUUAUUAUCAGCAAUUCAUUACUCUUUAGUAAAUCCUCUGAUAUCGUUUUAUCGGAUCAAAUUAUACCCAACAUGACCUCUUAUGCAUCCAAUUCAUCCUUUAUUUUUACAUCUGUGGCUAAAUUCAUGAAUGAAACAGAUCCCAUCUUUGAAUCUGCUUUUCGUCGUUAUCAAUUAUUAGCAACAGGCCAAACGGCUGUAGACCGUUUUGCAUGCAUUUUGGUUGGUUACAUGGUAGCAACGUUUGCUAGCUGCUGGUAUUUGACUCGAUCUAUUCAACAAAAUCUUGCUGUUGCAGCAUUUGGACGUACAGCGCAAGAAAUUAUUCGUCAACAGAGUAUGAUUUUUAAAGUUGGCAUGUUUAUUACAAUUGAACUUGUUCUGUUCCCUAUCGUUUGUGGGUUUUUAUUGGACUUUUCAACGCUGCCAUUAUUUAAAGCAGUAACUCUUUUAAGUCGUCUUAGCUAUUUACAGACACAUCCUAUUCCUUCUAUCUUUUUACAUUGGUUCUUGGGGACAGGAUUUAUGUUCUUAUUUGCCGUUUUUGUUACCACAUGUCGUGAAACGGUACGCCCUGGUGUUAUGUGGUUUAUUCGUGAUCCAAACGAUCCUCAAUUUCAUCCAAUUCGAGAAAUUAUUGAAAGACCCAUCUUAUUUCAAUUUAAAAAAAUUGGUGCUAGUGCUUUAAUUUACCUUACUGUCAUCUUGAUUGGUGUAGGUAGUGUAGUCCAUUUACUUGAUGUUGUUGACUGUCAAAUCUUACCUUUAAGAUGGAAUUUAUCAAGUCCAAUCUCCAUUAUGCCUAUUGAUUUAAUUAUAGGGCAAAUCUAUAUUCCAGUUAUUGUUAAAUAUUUCCAACCCAAGAAAAUAAUGAAGCAAUUAUUUUUAAAAUGCACCGCUUUUGCCUGUCGACAACUGAGAUUAUUUUCAUUUAUAUUUGGAGGAAGAAGACCAGAAGAAGAAGGAACGCUUGUUUAUCAUACAUGGAUUGCAUGGAUAAAGCAAGUUAAGCCUGCUUAUUACCCUGUAGAAGGAAGUUGUGAAAAUGUGAUAGGUAAUGAUGUUUCGUAUAUUUGGGAUGGACAAUUAUUACGUGUUCCUCGACAUGAUAGUGUUCCUAUUAUUGAUCGUCGACGUAUGCUAGUCCCUGUCGACAAUAGAACUUUUGAACCUAUUGAUGAAACAGAAAGACGUUUAGGACAUCCUGCAGCAACUGCGGCUGGUGGUAAUGAUAUAAAUACAAUCAUUGUCUAUAGUCCACCUCAUUUUAAAUUGAGACUCUUGGUGUUUGUUAUAUUCAUGUGGUUAAUUAUGACGUUAGUUUGUUGUUCAGCCAUCAUCUCUCCUCUUUUAUUAGGUCGUUACCUGUUUAAAAUGAAAUUUGGGGUUGAAAAUGAAGUACAUGAUAUCUAUUCUUUUAAGCUUGGCGUCUUUAUUCUUUUGACACUUGGUUCUUUUAUGAAGCAUACUUACAAAGCCAUUAAAGAUAUUAUUUCAAGACCUAAUAUUUUAGCAUCCGUGUGGAGAUAUUUAACAAAAUGGUUUUUAUGGGCUUUUAGAUGGGUAUUUUUUCUGGUGUCGUUUGGUUUGAUUAUACCCUUCUUAUUUGGAGCAUUGAUUGAAUUUUAUACAAUUUUACCUUUGAGACAAAUAGAUUCGAAUAUCUUUUCCAUCAAAGUAAUACCAUUAUGGACUCAAGGAUUUGUUUGUAUGAAUAUUCUUCAUGGAUGUAUUCAAAUUAUCCCUAAUCAUCAUUUGAAACAUAUUUUGGAUAAUAUAUUCCAAGAUGGUAUUCACAAAAUGAAAAUAAAAUUAUGUAUUGUUAAACUACUUGGACCCUUAUUACUUGUCAGUCUUGCAGCCAUUUUUCUUCCUCUUUUAACAGCUUAUAUAAAUAUAAAAAUUAUUGCUCAAACUGAUACAGAGCUGCGAGCAAGAUUAGUUCAAAUUGCAUAUCCAAUUGCUCUAAUUGGUAUUACGAGCUAUUAUCUCGGUAAAAUUGGAACUAGAAUGACUACAAGAUUAGCUCAAAAUAUCAGAGAAGAUAAUUAUUUAAUUGGAAGGACCUUGCAUAAUCUUGACGAAUAA